AUGAUCGCCGAGGCAAUUUGGGAGGAUGCAAACCCAGCUUUCUCUUCUCGACCUUCUCUCUCGUUUGUGGGUCUCGGCGGCGAAGAGACGACAGUUGUGCCCUUAGGAAGCGCGGCGGAGCGCGAAAAAAACCAGGAUAUUCUGGUGUGUUCUGGAGGCGCGAAAAAGUUCGAGAGGGAAACAGUGGCACAUGAAGAACACGUGUCUUCCUCUCGUGCACGUAGGGAGAAAGAAGCGGGCGUAAACGCUGAGGGCGAGAUGGGAUCAAUCAAGAAAACGGAAGCGAUGCCUGGGCCGCAGAGAUCGGCCUGCCGGUGCGAGUGCCAGGGGCCAGAAGACCCGCGAGAAGAGGAGCUCCAGGCAAACAACGAACCGCCGAGAGAACGGGAGAUCUCGCGAUCUCCCUUGUAUUGGCAGUUGCCCCGUACGCUCCAGGAGGGUCACAGGACAAGCGCAAAGUAUGAAACAAAGUGUAAAUACGCACUGGAAGCUCUGUCGUCCCUGUCGGCCACUUCCCUCUCCUCUUGUUCUUUCGGCUUCGACGAGACGCUCGUGAACCGAGACAGCGAGAUUCCUCUCGCCGACCUUCUCCCCUCAAGUAGUCAACCCAUCGCAGGGUUCCUUACGUCCGCGGAAGGAAGUCUUCACAUCCCGGAAACGCACGACAAAGCGAGCGUAACCGCCUGCUUUUCCGUAGCCUUUCCUCCUGCCUUUUCUUCUAGCAGUGCUUCUGGGGACGUUUGUUCUUCGUCGUAUUCCCCGCCUCUCUUGGCCUCUCCCACUUCGACGUCUGCCUCAUCCUCUUGUCCUUCUUCGCCUUCCGCGAAGGACGAGGGAGAAGAGCACACAGACGGCGAUCGCCAGGGCGAGACGGAAGAUAGAGCGCGACGCAGCGAAGAGAAGCCAGUGAGGCACAGGCGCCGCGGAGUCGAGCCCCCACCGACCCGACGACAACAGGAAUCCGCCUGUCUCCUUUUUGUCGACGCACCGUCUCCUUCGAGGGCGUCUCUCCAGUAUCACGCUCAACACGUCGCAGCACUGUCUCUUCCCCACAAAGCACGGCCACCGUGUAGGGCACACAGACGUUCGCUUUCUGCCUCUGCGUGUGUCGCCCCUUCCGUGCGCCCGUCGCCUUCGUCUCCCUCGUGCCGCACUGGAGAAGGCAGGCGAACGGAAAAGGCCCAAGGGCCGCCUUCUUCCGGGCGCUCCCGAGGUGCCCGGGAUCGGGCGUCCCUCGGCAGUUCUUCUCCACCCUCCUCGCAGGCCGCUGCUGCUUCCUUGUCAUCACCGGUCCAGGCCCCGGAGGCGAGCGGAGCCCGAGAUCGCAUGCAGCUACCUUCUCCGCCCCGUCAUCACCCUGAACACGGACACGCCUACAGCAACGAAGAUCUUUCGAUUUGCAGGCGCCCGUGCCCGUUUCAAAGUGACAAAGCGUUUCCGGAGAUCGGAAAAGCGUGGAGCAGCUGCGCGUCUCAAAUUCGGAGCACGCCCAAGAAGACCCCGGCCGCUUCGAAUUCCUUGGCGUCCGCGCCUCUCUCUGCUUCGCUCAGUUCCUCUUCCGGGGAGGCAUGGCUGGCGACGAGCGACGCUCGCGGCGCUUCAACUUUGCCUUCUCCCUCUUUUCCACAAACAGCGAGCGUUUCCCCGGCUGCUUCUUCAGUUUCUAGCUCCCGCGGCUCGGCGUAUGCUCUCCCGCAAAAGACAAGUUCUGCGUCGACUUCUGCUUCUCCGCAUGCCUCGGCUUCUCACUCUUUCUCGUCGCUGGCGUCGUUGCCACUGGUCCUGUCGCCGCCCUCGCUGUCUCCGUUCGUCUCGCUUCGAACCACGGACGCUCCUUCGCUGCCUCGGGGCGAGGCAGACGAGGCACGACCUGGCCGAGAAACGCCCUCGCCGCCCCUUCCCGUCUCGCCACGUUUCGAAGGCAAUCCCACGGCGCGGAAAACGGGCGAAAGCCUCUGUGGCGUGGCGUCCGCUUCACCUGCUCGCCCGCGCCCCGCAGCGUCUCUAUCGCCCUCCUCUCCCUCGAGCCCUUCUCACUCUUUGGGCCUUGCCUCUUCUUGUCACUCGACGGGGCCUUGUAGCCCCCAUAGGGGUGUUGAGAAGCCCGAGCCGUGGCGCGGACAGCGCAUGGAACAUCGCACUGCAGGCGCUGAGCAGCUAAGAUGCCAAGACGGCCGAGACGAAUCGCAGAGAGAGCGAGACUCGCAUGCUUCCUCUGCGUCGCACCCGAUGCGAUUCAGCCUCUCUCCACCUGCGGCUCCGCCGCACUCCCCUGUUCCCUCUUCAUCGCUUCCCCCUGCUGUAUCAAGUCUUGCUUCCCACUUGACGCCUUUUCCUUCCGUCUCACCGAUUUCUCUCUCUUCCCCUGCGAUGGAAAACCUUCGAGUGCUAAAGCCUGAGCUCGGUCACCGCCACAUGGAGUCUCAGGGGACGUCUCUCUUUGCUCUGUUGUGCGCUGAGAAUCUCCCGACCUUGCUCGGGGCGACGCCGCCUGCGGCCUCUUGCCUCUCGACGGCGUCUGCCUCGGUUGCCGCUUCGGGAGUGCACUCACACGCGCGGCUGCUGUCUCCUGCACUGCACUCCCUCCUCCGCGACGCAACCGACUGGCAAAGACAGUCGGGCUCACCUUUUCCUUCUUCCCACGCAGACGCCUCCAGGGUUUUGCUCGCCACACACAGCGGCCACGGACGAGGCCCAGAAUCUCUGCCUUGCUUCGCUUCGCCUUGUCUCGGGCCGGUUGGUUCCCAAACAAGUUCGACUUCGCCCUUUCCUGCUGCCGCUCUCGGGCCUCUCGCAUCCCUCGCGUCUCCCAGCCAGGCCGUGCCCGACGCUCUCCGCGUGCUCCUUUCUCGCCUGGUCCAGCCUGUUGCUUCAGGGCGGUCGGACAAGGCAAGCUCCACACCCACAGCCUCGACUGAGGCAAAGACUGGAGAAGAAGGCCUUUUGCGUGAGAGCCGCCGAUUCGCCGAGACAGACGCGCACGUGGGAUUGGGCGGUCUUUUCCCGGAAAGACGCGACGCGUGGACAAGAGACUCACAUCGACCUUUAGAGUGCACCCGUCCAGCUCCUACAGCCUCCUCUUCAGAAAACAUCUCGCGAGAAUGCCUACCAGGCGAGAAGAUGAUGGAGUCAGAAAGGAAUAAUCAAAAGACGAAACCCGACGUUCUCGCUUCCCAAAUACAUGCCGUUGGAGCCGACAGCAAGUCCGCUGAACAACAAACCGAGGCGCAACGCGCUGGAGACAACGCAGCCGCCUCGGAGUCCAGUGCAACUCCUCACAGCUCUUUCUCACCACUCGUCCCUCGUGGUAUCUCGCUUUCUUCCUUCUCUGCCCUCUCUCCUCCAGUCGUGCCUCUACAGCCAUCUGGAGAAGGCGGGACGGGGCGAAGCCGGCAAGACCCGCCGGAACGCGACCAAUGGGGGGAAGGCGCGCGGAAGCGAAAGCGCGAAUUGGAAAACGAAGAUCGACGAAAACGCGACUUGGGCUCGCAGCCGAGUUGCGCUCCGCUGGAAAGCCAGGAGGGAGGCGUGUCGGCACUUCCCUGCGUUGAAACAUCUGGGAAAAGUAAGGUCGUCUUCCAAGACGCCCACGGCCGUUCGAUCGAUCCUGGUGAGGGCGGCGAAGAGAAGGCGAACGCGUCCACGCGGUCGCUUCCCGGUAGCGCUGUGAAGCCAGGAGGCGAGACGUGCCGCGGUGAACGGAGGGAGAGACGCAGCGACAGGCGCGCUGAGGAGGAAGGACACGACGAAUGGGGAGAGGACUUCGAAAGAGCGAACAGAAGGUGGGAGGGGCGAGGAAUCUGUGAUCGCUUGCAGGCAACACGGGAAGACGUGAGAGAGUGCCGCGAACCAGAGAGGGGAGGGCGCGAAAAAACGGGCGAGGAAAGCGACGCAAAGAGGGAAGGAGGGACACAGAGAGAAGGAGAGGUCGGAGACAGGUACGGGAACCAAGGCGAGAGAGAGAACGCAGGGGAACACGGACGUUUGAGGACGAGGAAGAAGGGAAACACUUCUCAGUACUUUGCAGGAGACAACGGCGAAGAAGGAAAAUCCAAACUGGCCGGCUGCAGAGAGAAAGAAAAGCCGAUGGGCAGCCAGGCAGGAAGAGAUCGUCGGCCAGAAGAAAUCAGAGGAGACGUCCCAGAGAAGAUCCUCCAAAACUACCAGCCUCUGCUUCUCUUUCUUCUUCAGCAGGCUCAAAGGGAGGUUCUUUCGCAGCAAGAGAAGAAUAGGGCCCAGUUUUUCCCCGACUUUCUCUCCCGCCAACAAAGCGAAGACGAUCGAACAAGAAGGCCCGACGAUCAGGGCUGCUGCUUGUCCAUUCCUUCUCUCUCUCCUCCCCCUUCUUCUCCUCCUCUUUCUCUUAUGUCCUCUCCUCCGUCCUCUUCUCUCCCUUCUCCUCUCCCUUCUCCUCCUUCUUCUUUUCCUUCUUCUCUUCCUUCUUCUCUCUCUGCUCUUGGGGUAUCCUGGACUUCCUCGUCUCUCACCUCCAGCCUGGCUUCUUCCGUUUCUUCUCUCAAUUCGACUCUGGUUUCACCCCUUUUCCCCGCCCUCUCCUCUUCUUCCUUGCUUCCCGUCCUUUCUUCUUCCCUCCUCUCGUCGUCUCUUUUUCCUUCGCUCGCAGCUGCGCCCGUCAGCGCGGCUCUUCAGGGUAGACGCGAAGAACUACAGGGGAGUGCGAAACCGCUUUCGCGUUUCCAUCUCUCCGAGAGAAGUCCCUCGAUCUCUGCUUCUUCGGUGGCGCAGCCCUCUUUCUUGCCGGCAUUUCUUUCGCCUCUCACCUCUUCUGCCUCGCCUCCUGCGACGCUCCCUUCUCUUCUAACGCCUCCACUCGUUUCACAGUACCCGACUUCUUCGGCGAUUUUGUCUUCGCCUUCCCUCAAGUUUACUCCUUUUUCGAGCUCGCCCUACCGUCCUGCCUCGCCGCCAUUUCGCGCGUCUCGGCCUUUUGCCGCCGCACCAGCUGCCUCCGCUGCAGCGCCUGCGUCGAACCCUCUCGUGGUCCCCCCAGCCUCGCCUUCUCUUGCGUCUUCCUUCCCCGCUUCUCCUCCGUCCGCGUCGCUCCCCCCAGGCCUGCACCACCCGCGCACAUGCGCCGUCCCCUCGUUCGCGUCACCCGCAUUUUCUCUUCUUCCCUUUCCGUCGCCGCUGCCUGCGGAGAGCUAUUCGCACUUGCUUGGCACUGGGUUGUCGCAUUCCAGGACGCAUGCGCGCGCGCCGACGCGGGGCCGAAGGAGAAAGGAAAUCCAGAAACACCACGCGUUCGACAUGCGACAGGACGACAGCAGUGGCUCUUUGGACCACGACCCCUCGCGCCUUUCUUCCUGCCUCUCUUCUUCUGUCCUCUCUCCAACCUACCCGGAUCACAAUCUCUCUUCCGGUUCGCUGCCGUUUCCUGUCAGAGCUUCUGUCUCGUCUCUAGGGGCUGCCCCUGCAGCCUGGUCGCCGACGCCCUAUUCGUCAGCCUCUUCGGCAUUCGGGCGAAGUUCUUCCUCUUCCUCACUCUCCACGCCAGGCUCUCAUGCCUCGUCCUCUGCAUCCCCAUCCCGUCUUGCCUGUUUUUCGCCCUCGACUGCUUCCUGCUUCCGUCCUCUGUGUUCGCCAGCAGGCGCUCCUUCCUCUUUCAUAGAACCAAAUUCCUCCGCCUCUACUUCCUCGUCUCCAGGCUCUUCCACCGCGCCUUCUUCUUCCCCGUCUCCAGGCUCUUCCACCGCGCCUUCUUCUUCCCCAGCCUCCUCGGCCUCCUCGGCCUCCUCUCCGCCUGGUUCCAGUCUUCCUUGUCCCCUUUCCUCCCCUGCCUCGUUUUCGUCGUCUUCCGAGCUGCUUUCCUCGUUUUCUGUGCCAUCUUUGUCGCGUUCUUCUUCGCUCUCUUCUCUCGCCUCGUCCUUCUCUUCGCGACAAAGCGGGCUCCAGGCAGGCCGCCGCCCGGCCUCUGUCGGCCCUGAAGUGGUUCCGCAAAGCGCGUUGAAGAAGAGAAAACGAAAAAGAGAAAAACCGCAUCCAACGGCAGCUGAGACGCCUGCCUCGGAUUCUGCUGUCCUCAGGCUUUCCACCUCGACAGAAACGGCUGAGGGCGACAAGCUGCAGAACGGCGGCGCCACGAGCGACGAGACGCCAAGAGAGCUUUCGCAGUUUCACGAACCGCCCCUCAGCCGACACGUUCCUCUCACUUUCGUUCCCUCCAAACGCAAACCGCACGGCAGCUCGGCGGUCCCCGAGAAAAGGCAGAGAACCGCACUGGAUGCCUCGCCUCGCAGGUUUUCUGUUCUGGCCUCGCCCUCCGCCCCCACUUGGUCUUCCUCUGCUUCCUUCAGCUGCAACGCGGAGAAUUCUGCGAACAACAAAACCGCUCGCUGGCUGCGUCCCGUCGCCGGCGGGUCGGGUCCUCUCGUGGGGUUUCCCCCUGCGCCUCCUCUUUUUUCUGCCUCCGCUCGCUCAUGUGUUUUCUCUCCCCAGAAAUCCUCAACUUCUCUCCUCCCUUCCGCCUCGCUUUCCUGCGCGUCCUCCUGUCUUUCUCCCCAGCCUGCGCCGCCAUCUUCGCAGUCCUGCGCUUCAAAGUUUGUUCCGUUGCCGCCCUCGGAUCUUUCCGGUUCUUCUCUUCCCGCCCCCGCGUCCCCGUGCGCUUCCUCCAGUUGCCUGCGACUGCACUCUCAGGCCUGCCACGUGCUCCCAGACGCAUCCUCUUGUCCUGGCAGCGAGAUAUCAACGCGUCUCCCUGUCUCCGAUGCGCCUCCUGUUUCUUCCUCACAGCCUUGCUCUCCUUUCCAGUGCGCUUCUUCCUCGGUCGCCUCGCCUUUGUCUUCUCGUGCACCCUGUGCUGUUCGGCUGCACACUGGCGCCUCCCCGAAGGAUUCUGUGCCGAGACAGAACGACAGCAGUUCCAAAACGGCCUCUUGUGCCCGUAUACUCUGCGAGCGGUCCGCGUCCUCGCCGGAUUUCCGCCUUCCCUCUUCUGAUUCGUCCACUUCUUCCGCCCGUGCAAAGGAAAGAACUCUCCUUUUGCCGCCGGCUUCUCUGUCUCCCGCCGGUUCGGUCCCCUGUCCGCCUGUCCUGGCGCGAGCCACGCGUGUCGGGCAUCCACUUUCGUCUCCUCGCGAGGCUUCGCCCUCGUCGCGUGCGCCCCCAUGCUCUUCAGUUUCUCCUUCACAGCUUGCGACCGCCAAAGACGAGAAUGAGGAAAUGGGAAAAAGCUCCCGAAUUCGCCAACAGGAGGUUGUGCGACAGAGGGCGACAGAAGGGUGGAAGACGGAGCGAGAAGAAGGCCAGGAAGACGCGGAGGGAGGAAGAGAACAAAACAGGCAGCCCACAGAAACGCGACAUCCAGAAGAGAGGCUGCCGGAAAUGUGUCAGUGGAAGGGGGACGGGAGAGACAGAGAGACAGGACGAGGCGUUUACGAGGAGAGCAAAGUGCGAAAAGUUGGGAGUCUGAAGGCUCCCGUGCCGGAGAUGUGGAGCCACGCGGGUCGGGUGUACGUACACGAGCGCAGCGCCGAGCAGCCCGCAGAAAAAGAGGGAGAAGGCGCGGCGCCGCAAGACACCGAGACGACGAAGCGAAAUGCCUCUGAAGAGGGCGAGGCAGCGAAAGACGCGGAAGGAGAGGCGGGAGAAAGGCAGGACGAGAGAGCGGCAAGGAGCGCGAUGCACCCGCUCGGAGUCGAGAGAGAAGACAGGAGAGACGGCAGAGGCGCCGCGUGCGUGAAACUCAGGGACCCGAAGCCGGAGCAGGUGGAACCAGAAGAGGGAUGGGAAGACAGGCGUUCACAGAGAAGAAGAAGCGAAGAAGACUGCGCGCAGCAGCGCUGUCUCCAUGAGGCGGCGAAACCCGGGAGCAGCGAAAGUGCGGGAAAUAGCGUUUCGGCCGCGAGGAGACAGGACGAAGCGAGGGGAUCGAGUCCACGGGGGCCGGGAGGAAAAACGGAAAUCAAGAAAGGGAAACACAUCACGAAAGCAGAAAUGCGACUGAAGGCGCCCGGAGACAGUGGCGAAGAAGACGACGCCCGUCAAGCCGUAGCCCCGGGCAGAAGAGGCGUCAGCAGGGACAACGAAGGAAGAGAACGAAGAGACGAGAACGUCCCUGGCACACCGCGAGCGUCCAGGAGGCGCAGGCGGGGCGACGUAGAUUUGAAGGAGGCCUCGAGAAGACCCGCGGCCGGAAGAGGAAACGCGGAAGUGCACAGCCUCGAGACGGGGCGCAGUCAUGGGUCACGAGAGCGUGCAGUAGACGCUUUUGAAGACGCGCGGACUCCAAAGAAAGAAACGAAAAGCGAAACUCCACAUCGCGUUUCUCCGUUGCAGUCCACGCCGUACCUGGCGCGCGAGGCUGCAGGCGAUGUGGCGUUCGAGAGGGAUGUGUGGAACGGGGUUGAAGAGCGCAGAGUGGAGCUGUACAUGGAGGAUUUCCGGAACCGGAAAAAAGAAGGAAGCGAGGACCUAAAAGCGAAUCGAAGCAUCCAUGGAAGUCUUCCGACUCCGGAAGGGAGACAAAAGAGAGACGAGUCGCCUAUAACAAACAGCAAGAAGCGCAUCCUCGCAAAGGCUUCACCGGCUCACCGCCCGAACCACACCGAGGCGCGUUGUCCUGCAGGCGGGGUGGACGGCGAGGAAAAAGAUCCCGACGCAGGGGAGGAAGAAAAUUUGCACGAUGCAGCCUGCGCGAAAGAGGCGAGAGGAAACGCUGCGCGGGAGCGCCGUUUCGAGCGGAGAACGGAGGCGACCCUUGCGCUUCAUCGCAUGGGAUCCGUGUCGCCAAGCAGUGAAUCGAGCAGGAGUGGCGAGACGCGACCGAGAGGAGACACAACCGAAAGACCUGAGGGGGAGGAUCGCGAGGAGCCUCGGCCUUCGCUGCGUGACGGGCGAAGCGAGGAACUGGAGGCGGAGGCCGCGUGGCAAGAACAGAAGGACAAAGAGACAGUCUCCCGGGACAGCGACGGGCCAAGGCCACGCGCGACAGGCAUCGCUGUCGAUCAAGAACAGAAUGCAAUCCCCCCCUGCAGCAGAAAAAGAAGAGCUGGGAGAGAGGAGCGAAGACGUGUCGGAGAAGACGCAAAUUCCUCUCGACCUUCCUCCAAGCGCAGAGACUCUAGAGAGCCGAGGGGCAAAGAGAAGAGCGAAGAGACCCGCGAAGCGUGCGAAGAGCGCAGAGGAGGUAAGUCCGACCGCGCAGUUCACAGGCGUUUCGGCGAACGGGGAUCGUGA